CGGUCCGGCUUUGCGCGGACUCACUCAGCGUCGAAUACUCCAUAUUGUCUCCAUUUCUUCGUUGCGUUUGUAAGGAUUCGAUUCGGAGUUCAGCAGAAGCUACGCUCGACUCGAAGGGAGGAAAAUGGCGAUGGCGACAAGCCAAGUCAAGGGCAGCGGUUGGCCACGGAGAGCAAGCAACAGUUCGUUCGAGGGGAAGGUAGUACAGAAUCAGUCGGUCACCAUCAACAGGACCGUCAAUUUAUAUCCUUUGACAAACUAUACAUUUGGAACAAAAGAGCCACUCUUCGAGAAAGAUCCAUCAGUACCUGCAAGGUUUCAGCGCAUGAGAGAUGAGUUCGACAAGAUUGGCAUGCGGAGAAGUGUAGAAGGUGUCUUGCUGGUACACGAACAUGGACUGCCACACGUUCUUCUUCUACAACUUGGCACAACAUUCUUCAAAUUGCCUGGCGGAGAACUCAAUACAGGAGAAGAUGAGGUAGAGGGCCUAAAACGGCUCCUUACAGAGACCUUUGGACGGCAAGACGGAGUGAAGCAGGAAUGGGUUAUAGAAGAUACAAUUGGGAACUGGUGGCGUCCAAAUUUUGAACCACCUCAAUAUCCGUAUGUGCCACCACACAUCACAAAGCCGAAGGAGCACAAAAGAUUAUUCCUUGUACAACUGCAAGAGAAAGCUCUUUUUGCUGUACCGAAAAAUUACAAGUUAGUCGCUGCACCAUUAUUCGAAUUGUACGAUAAUUCACAAGGUUACGGCCCCAUAAUCUCGUCUUUGCCACAAUCUCUGUGCAGGUUUAAUUUCAUCUAUAUGUGAAACUAGAAUUAGUAAGACAAGAAAUAUUAUGUUUAAUUUAAUGAAACUUAUUAGAGAUUUAAUUGAGUAUGUGAAGGAGAUAAAACGGUGACUGAUACUUGAGGGGAAUUUCUGAUCUAUGUAUAUGAUGUAUUGCGAAUCAUUAAACCAUUUUUUAAGUAGUA